AUGCUCCCGUUUUAUUUACAGUACACGCUGUCUGAGGAGACCAUCGAAACUCUCAGAAAACCAACAUUCGACGCCUGGCAAUGGGAGGCCAAUGAGAUGCUCAGCUGUUUGGAGCACAUGUACGAGAGCCUGGGUCUCAUCAAAGAUUUCAACAUCAACCCCAUCACACUGAAGAGGUGGCUGCUCUGCAUUCAGGAGAAUUACCGGAACAAUCCAUUCCACAAUUUCCGGCACUGUUUCUGUGUGACCCAGAUGAUGUACAGCAUGAUCUGUUUUUGCAAUCUGCAGGCACUGGGUAACUAUCCCACGGGAACUCCAUUACUCGUUCUUGUUUUUCUCUUUCAACACAGUUACCAAAUAAACGCUCGCACUGACCUCGCUGUCCGAUACAACGAUAUCUCACCCCUGGAGAAUCAUCAUUGUGCCAUCGCAUUCCAAAUCUACUCCCAGCCGGAGUGUAACAUCUUCAGCAACACCGAGCCAGAGAUCUUCAAGCAAAUUCGUCAGGGGAUUAUCAAUCUGAUCCUGGCGACUGACAUGGCGAGACAUGGCGAGAUCCUCGACUCCUUCAAACAGAAAGUCGACAACUUUGAUUUCUCUAAUGAGGAAGAUGUGACCUGUCUGAAGAUGGUUUUGAUAAAAUGCUGUGACAUCUCGAACGAGGUGAGGCCGAUGGAGGUGGCAGAACCCUGGGUGGAUUGUUUGCUACAAGAAUAUUUCAUGCAGAGUGACCGGGAGAAAUCCGAGGGUCUCCCGAUUGCCCCAUUCAUGGAUCGGGACAAAGUGACCAAAGCCACGGCUCAGAUCGGAUUCAUCAAGUUCGUCCUCAUCCCCAUGUUUGAGACGGUGGCGAAACUCUUCCCUCAGAUUGAAGAAAUGAUGGUGCAGCCCCUCCGAGAUUCACGUGACCGCUAUCAGGAGUUAAAGCAAAUUGAUGAUGCUGCCACUGAGAUUCAUAAGAAAAAGCACGAACCUGUAACCACUGGCAACAAGAAGAAGUGA